UACUUUUUUAUUGUCGCAAAAUGAAUAUUUUUACGAGUAGAAGCAAUUUCGGACUAAUAUUGGUCUUAGCUGGGUGUGGCCUAUUGAUUGUCGCCGAUCAUAAAAAUAUGCUGAGAAUAUGCAAGAUAGAAUGUGUUGUCGGUGAUCUGGCUCGUCCUUAUAUUGCGAAUGAAAGUUGCUCAAUUAAAGCUUUAAGUCGAUAUCGGACUGCUAUAAAUGUUGAAGGUUAUCUGUUAAAGCCAUUUGACGACAUCUUGGUAAAUAUGCGAAUUUUCAAGAAGAACAGUGUUACAUAUUUACCAUACAUGGUCAAUGUAACUACCAAUGUUUGUAAGUUUUUGAGUGGCGGUAGUGUUGGUGCUGCUGGAUUUUAUACCCGUUUUAUGAUAGGCUGGAUUAAUAAAUAUUCUAAUAUAAACCAUAGCUGCCCAUAUUCGGGCUACACAUGGGCAAAGAAUUUGGAACCAUUUGCGGAUAAGAUUCCAGUAUUUGCUCCCACAGGAGAUUAUCGAUUAGAACUGCAUUUUUAUGAGAGUUCUUUAAACAACUGGUUAGGUGUCAUUCGCGGGUAUGGUACGAUUAAACUGAGACCUUUCAGUAAAUAA